GAGCCAACAGUCGCCAAGGGCUCAACCACUUGGUCAUCGCCUAUCUUCUAUGAUUUGAUUGCAGCAGCCGAGCGACAGAUGUCUUUCCGGUAUCAAGUUGCUAUUAUGCCACAUUACAGAGACAAGUAUUUUCUUGAACUCGCAGUUGAACGAUACCUGGAUAGAUUUCUGGAGCUGAAGCGACGGCAUCCAAAGGAGUUUUGGGUGCCGACCUAUGACAUUGAUUGCAUUUGGCAUGCCCACCAGCUGCAUCCCGAUGUCUACCUUUCAGAAACCAAAGAGCUGUGUGGCUCCUUGCUACCCCAUGAUGACAGUGUCAACGACCGUUCUGAAGGCUCCAAGCUGCAAGAAUCCUGGGAGCGGACGCAGCAGGUGUGGAAUGAGGAGUUUGGGGGUAAGGUGGCCACUGCGGGCGGCAUGUUCCGUGGCAACGUCACCCUCGAGGAGAGGUCGUGCCAGGCCAAGCAGUGGGAGCUGUUGACACGAGGCUCCAAUGGGACCCAACGGUUCUGGAUUGCCCUGCGGGCAGAAUAUUGUCGGCAGAAUGACCCCACACAGUGGAUCCACAAGAAGGAUGAGCUGGAACGCUUGCAAACCAGCUUUCAGAGAUGGUCUGCAUCUACGGAUGGCACCUUUGCGGGUCGAGUGUGGCACGGAAGAGGUGUCCACGGCAAGGCUUGCAGCAAUGUCGAGGUUGUGCGCAGUGCUGAUCCAACAUACUUGCCACUUGUCACAGCCCAUUUGAUCGCUAAAGACCAACUUCCGUCCCCACAGCAAGUGAGUAAUGCAGACGACUAUCCGACUAUCUCCGCAGGAGAGCGCGCCUAUCUAGUCCGAGUGGCUUCAGAAGAUGUGGCGGUGCUUACGGGCAAGUGGCAAAGCUUUAAGAAAGGAAAAAAUGGCGAUCCUGGCAGACUGCAGGUGAAGCUGUUUGCCCUGAAGCCGCAAAGGUUUUGCCAAGUUGAGCAGGUCAGGGUGUCCCCUGCAAGUCCCAGCGACUUCCGCUUCAACUUGAGCCCUUUGGGCGUGGGUAGCGCGGAAGGACGCGUGAUCAUCAACUUGGCCACUGGUCUGAUCCAUGGCGAUAGCCUGGAGGCGUCGGGGAUUGCCUAUGGCUUUGGCUUGGCCCUGGCGGCGCUACAUGUGGCCCUGCAGCCUCGUAAGAAGGUCGCGACGGUGGGAAGUGGCCAGACCCGAUAUGGCGACACAGCCGUCGCACAGCACAAGUUCCCCUUUCUGAUUUCCGCAGGAGGAGAGCUCGACCCAGCUACGCGAAUGUCCGUGCGUGGAGAAUCGUUCGACGGCGUUGGAGCAGACGCAGAUGCUUGUGAUGCUUGGUUCUUGUGUGGGGAUCGCGGCAGACGGGACAACGGAGAUACGUAUUUGGGGGAUGACAGCUACACCUUCUGGGCAUUCACCGACACCGAUGGUGCUGGAUGCGGUGCUUGCGGCGCUUGUGGUGCUUGUGGUGGUUGUGGCGGCUGUGGUGGCUGUGGCGGCUGUGGUGGUUGCGGUGGCUGUGGGGGCUAA